AUGGGAGUCAAGCAAGAAGUGGAUCAAGCGAUCGCCGCUCAUGCGAUCCUGGUGUAUUCGAAGAGCUACUGUCCGCACAGCCGGCGUGCGAAGCGGCUGCUGGCCGGGCUCCCGGGCAAGGCCAGCUCGCCGGUGGUGUAUGAGCUGGACGAGAUGGGUGAGGCGGGGGUUGCGACGCAGGCGUACCUGGGCGAGCUGACGGGGCAACGGACGGUGCCGAACAUCUUUAUCCACCAGAAACACAUCGGGGGUGCGGAUGACCUGGCCCAUCUGGACGAGGCGGGGGUGCUGCGAUCGCUGGUGGCCGAGCAACCCCCCUCGCGACUGUUCAGGGGCAUGGGCCAGGAGGGGGGCAGCCCGCUGGUGCUCCUCGGGGCUGUGCUCAUCCUGGGCGGGCUGGGCAGCUACUACUACCGGCGGGUGAGGUCGGGCGGACAGGCGCCGAAGCAGAAAGCGUGA